AUGAGAUUGUUACUGUUUCUGGCGCUGAUCACGCUCUGCGCCGUCGCCGCCAAUGCGGGUUCAGCCCGUACGCAGCUGCUGCGCAUACACCAGGUGACGCGCGAGGAGUACAACGAGCUGCUCAAGCUGACCAGGGGCAAGCCGCAGGUGUCGGAGUCGCGUCUGUUGCGCAGCCCGCUGAGCGGCCUGGCCAGCAGCUAUAUACCCUCGUUCUUCUUCGAGACAAACGACAAGCCGAGCACAACUACAAAGGGUUAUCCGCUGUGCGUGGUCUCGCCCAAGGAUACCGAAUAUUAUACGCCGCGACAUAUCAGCUGGAGUUUCGACAAUAGUGGCAAUAGUGGACAUGGCGGCGGACAUGGUGGCGGACAUGGUAAUGGCAAUGGCAAUGGACAUGGCAAUGGCAAUGGACAUGGCAAUGGCAAUGGACAUGGCAAUGGCAAUGGCAACGGCAGCGGCAACAAUGAUCGCCCCAUUGUCAACUGCAUUGUGGUCAUCAAGGGCAACAAAAAUAAUGACGAUAACAAUGGUGGUCACGAACAUCCCUAUCAGGCGAGCCACAAGCAGAAGCAGGACGCUAGACUGCAGGCCAAUGCGAUUGACGUCAAUUAA